AUGUGCAAGCUUUUGGAGAAGGAGAUGAGGUUCAUUUUUGAUGAGGCAUAUCUUAGAGCCUUUGAAUGCCUAAAGGAGAAGCCAAUUUCUUCCCCAGUGAUCAUUGGACCAGAUUGGGCUGAGCCAUUUGAGGUAAUGUAUGGUGCCAGUAGUACUGCUUUAGGAGUUGUGUUGGGGCAGAAGCGCAACAAGAUGUUCAAUCCGAUUUACUAUGCUAUCAAGGAUAUGAGAGGUUGUGAGAACAAGGUGGCUGAUCACCUGUCUAGGUUGGAGGCUGAAAAGAAAGAGGAAUGUGAGCAAGAAAUCAAUGAUGCAUUCCCGGAUGAGCAGGUAUUGGUUGCAAUUCUUAUUCCUUGGCUUGCUGAUUUUGCUAAUGUUCUUGUUAGUGAUUUGAUGCCCGGGGGGCUGACAUUUCAGCAAAGGAAGAGGUUCCCGCAUAAUGUGGGUAAGUAUUUCUGGGAUGAACCUUACUUGUACAGGGUGUGUGCUGAUAAUAUCAUUAGGCGAUGCGUCCUUGAACCUGAGAUGUUGCACAUUCUAGAGGCAUGUCACUCCUCUCCGCGGCAAAAAUCCAUCUCUCGGUGCAAUGAGUUACCCAUGACACCUAUUCUGGAGGUGGAGCUAUUUAAUGUGUGGGGAGUCAAUUUCAUGGGCCUAUUUGUGAGCUCCUAUGGGCAGAAGUACAUAUUGGUAGUAGUGGACUAUGUGUCCAAAUGGGUUGAAACAGUUGCUUUGCCUGAGAAUGAUAGCAAGAGUGUUGCUGGUUUUCUGAAAAAGAAUAUAUUCUCAAGGUUCGGCACACCCAGAGAUAUCAUUAGUGAUGGCGGUUCCCAUUUCUGCAACAAGGUAUUUAGUGAACUUCUGGCCAAAUAUGGUGUUAAACAACACAAGGUGGCAACUCCUUAUCAUCCACAUACCAAUGGCCAAGUGGAGGUGUCAAAUAGAGAGAUUAAGGUGAUUUUGGCUAAAACAGUAAAUACCAACAUGAGAGAUUGGGCAUGA